AUGCUGGUGGGAUGGGGCGCAGCCGAGACCAUCGACCUGCCGGUGGCAACGUCGGGCUUCGGCAUGUGGACCGACAUCGUGGCCUCAGCGAUGAGCUAUGGUGGCAAAUCCCAGGAGGAGAGCUUGGAAGCUCUGAAGAGCUUCCAAGACCUGGCAACACGCCAUCUGCACAAGCAAGGCCAGCUGUUCACGGAUGCCAGCCACGGCAACUUCACGUCGCUCAUUGAGAAAUUUCUCAAGCCGAAAAUGCAGAUUGACGCACCUGUGUUCUUUGACAACUCUCCAAGAGUUGGAAAAUCUUCCGGAAUGAAGUACGAGCCUUGCGCGGUGGUCAUCAACCCCACGGCUGUGGCAAUAGGCGCGACCGGCAUCAACAUCUCGCCUCAGGGCAUCUCAGUGGCGCCAACAGGCGUCAACGUCAACCCCUUUGGGUUGAGUAUUUCACCCUCCGUCAUCGUCGUUGCGCCCUUCGAUACCACCAUCGCUGGCCAGGGGCUCAAUAUUGCGCCCGCGCUAAUCGCCAUCGCGCCCGUGAAGACAGUCUACAACCCGGUCGGGCCGCUCAACAUUGGCGGCUCAGUGGUGACAAAAGAGCUGCCUGCGCUGCCAUGA